GAAUCACUUCCAGGUUGCGCGAGCACUUCCGGGUCGUCGGCGCGACUCCGCGGUUCUUGCGGCGGCCGGAGGGGAGGUCGUGGGCGUCGGUGUCUGCUGCCGGGCUUCUGUGCGCUUGGCGGCGGGGAGCCGUCCCCUCAGGAUAUCAAUGCAAGCCUGAAUAAGGAAAACAACUUCUUCUCCUAAACCAUGGCAUAUCAGUUGUACAGAAAUACUACUUUGGGAAACAGUCUUCAGGAGAGCCUUGAUGAGCUCAUACAGUCUCAGCAGAUCACCCCGCAACUUGCCCUCCAAGUCCUACUCCAGUUUGAUAAGGCUAUAAAUUCAGCACUGGCUCAGAGAGUCAGGAACCGAGUCAACUUCAGGGGCUCUCUAAAUACAUACAGAUUUUGCGACAAUGUGUGGACUUUUGUAUUGAAUGAUGUUGAAUUCAGAGAGGUGACAGAACUUAUUAAAGUGGAUAAAGUGAAAAUUGUAGCCUGUGAUGGUAAAAAUACUGGAUCCAAUACUACAGAGUGAAUAGAAUAUACAAUGGCUUUUUUAUGCCGUCCUCGUUAUCCAUCGCUAUUUGGAGAGAAGCACAGAAGAGACUUUUUUAUUUAUUCUAGCAUCGCAGAAAUCACUACACUGUGCUAGACUAUCAGAAUCCCAUUAGAAAGACGCCUGUACUUCUGUAACAUCUGAUAAUCGUUAUGAUACAGCAUGAAGAAGCAGCUUUUUUCAAAUGACAAAUCAGACAUUGUUGUUGCCUUCCUAAGAACGUUCUUUAAUAAACUCAUUUUAAAGUAGUGUGAGUAAUGGCCAGUAAGCUGUUAAGAUAGCAGUAUGAUAAUAUAUUAGGUAUCUGUUUUGCAAGAGCACCACGUUUCUCCUACGGACAUUAGAAAUGCUUUUAUUUCAAUAGGCAGAUUCUAUCAACCAUAACUUCAUCUGAUGUAAGCAUCAGCAAGGCAAAACCAAAAUCUGGAUCGGCGUUUUAGUCAGGAAAAAAGUCCUUUUAUUAAAAAGUCCUUUUUUUUUUUUAUUUAUUUUUUUAUUGAAUGACCAUGUUGAAAGUUACAAAGCUUUCAGGUUUAAGUCUCAGUUAUACAAUGCUCGAACACCCAUCCCUUCACCAGUGCACAUAUUCCACCACCAAGAAUCACAGUAUACCUCCCCAGCCCCCCACCCCGCCUGUGUAACUGAUAAAUUUCACUUUACUUUCACUUUACUUUGAUUACAUUCAAUAUUUUAACAAAAAACUCACUAUAAUUGGAGUUUCUCUCCCCAAAGUCGGACCUGCUAAAAAGGAAGCAUUUGAUAAUUUGUUUUCCAUUGCUGAAAAUGAAGAGAUAUGAGGUCGAGCGGCCGCACAGUUUUGGAUUUCUGUAUUUUAGUAUUUUAGUAACUAAGUCCAGAGAAAUUUCUACCAGAAAUUGCAUCAUUGCAAUCUUGUACCUCUCUGCUACUUUAUAUUCCACAUAUGAGCGCAAUCUUUCUAUGUCUGUCUCUUUCUUUCUGACUCAUUUCACUCAACAUGAUACUUUCCAUGUUGAUCCACUUAUAUGCAAAUUUCAUGACUUCAUGUUUUCUGACAGCUGCAAAGUAUUCCAUUGUGUAGAUGUACCAGAGUUUCUUUGACCAGUCAUCUGUUUUGGGGCACUCUGGUUUUUUCCAGAUUGUGGCUAUUGUAAACAGUGCUGCAAUGAACAUAGAAAUGCAGAUGCCAUCUCUACUAUACCUUUUUGCCUCUCCGGGAUAUAUUCCCAGGAGUGGUAUUGCUGGGUCAAAUGGAACCUCAAUUUUUAAUUUUUUGAGAAUCGUCCAUAUUGUUUUCCAAAAGGGCUGAACCAGUCGGCAUUCCACCAGCAGUGAAGGAGAGUCCUUUUCUCCCCACAUUCACACCAACACUGGUUGCUUUUGUUUUUUGGGGUAUGAGCCAGUCUCUAGUGUGAGAUGAUAUCUCAUGGUUGUUUUGAUCUGCAUCUCCCUGAUGAUUAGUGAUGUUGAACAUUUUCUCAUGUGCCUCUCAGCCAUUCAGAUUUCUUUGGGAAAGUUUCUCUUCAUUUCAUCACCCCAUUUUUUUGAUUGGGUCGGCAGUUUUCUUGUAGAGUUCAACCAGUGCAUUGUAUAUCCUUGAUAUCAACCCUUUAUCGGAUGGGUACUGCGUAAAUAUCCUUUCCCAUUCUGUAGAUUGUCUAAAAAGUCCUUUUUAAAGCUGAUUGGUUUUGAUUUUUUUAAUCAAGUCACUGUGAGUGAGAUACAGGUGCAAACUUGUUUAUGAUUUUAUGAAUUCCAGACAUACAAUGUUCCCAACCCUUUACCAGUGUACAUUUCCCACCACAAUGUCCUCAGUUUCCCUCCUUCCCUCCUCUCUCUCUCUCUCUCUCUCUCUCUCUCUCUCUCUCUCUCUCUCUCUCUCUCUCUCUCUCUCUCUCUCUCUCUCUCUCAAAGACCGUUUUUAAAAAAUAUAAAACUAAGGAUAAAUCACUUCAGUUUUUUUUUUGUUUUGAUAGCUUCUAUAACCUAAACAAAAUGAAAAACCUAUUUCCAGAAGCUUAAAGUUGUCCACAGAGCAUGUAAAUUAUUCCUUGAGUUGACCGUACUAGUCAAGAUUCACCUAUUCUAAAGGCGUCCGUCUGCAUCUGGGUUGCAGAGCCGGUAGUUCUGCCUAACCUGGUACAACCCAGUGCUGUCGCAGCACCUGAUGGUUUCACUGAGCGAGGCCAGAAGUGAUCCCUGAAUACAAAGCUUCGGAGUGAGCCCUCAGCACUGCCAGGAAUAACCUCAAAAAACCCUUCAAAGUAAAACAAAGAUCUACGUCUUACCAGUUAUUAAGACACUCAACAAAAAAUCUUACUAAAUACAGGCCAUAUUUUGUGUAGUUGAAAAAGUUUUUCCUUGUCUGUGAGUCUCAAUAUUUAAUAACAAAUAAUUGGCUUUUCCAAGACCCCCACAAAAAGGUGUCAGACAUCAUGUAGUUGAGUGACUGGAAUAGCUACAGAUGAAUCCAGACCUUUCCUCCUCCACCCCUAGCCCCCCCAUCAGCACUAUUAAUGAAAAUAACUUGAUUAUUUUCACUUUAGGUGCCAUGAUUUACAAAACUAUGGUGGAGUUUCAUGCAUGAAGCAAUCUAGCACCACACCCUCCACCAGCGAGUCCGCCUUCCUCGACCUUUGUUUCCUAUAGUUGAUUACACUGACGCCUGAUAUCAAGGUCCUUUAUUCCCUGAAGUAUAGCUGCUGCAUCAUAUGGAAGCUCAAUUACCAGUGUUUUGAGUAGUUUCCAUAUUUUCAUAAAAGCUGGACCAGCACUGAAUGAGGGUCUCUUUCCCCACAUCCCCACUGACACUGCUUGUUUUUGUUUUUUGUGAUGUCUGCCUGCCAAUCUCACUACUGUGAGAUGACAUCUCGUUUUGACCUGUGUUACCUUGAUGAUAAGUGAUACAUUUUUUUCAUAUGCUUUUUGGCCAUCUGUGUAUCUGAGAAAGUUUCUAUUUUUCCCUUCACCCCAUUUUUUAAUGGGAUUUUAGUCUUGUAAAGUUCUACCAGUGGGUGUGACGGGGAUAAACCUAAGCUCCUUGUGGCAAAGGGGAAAGGACACAGCAAUGUCACUUACAUCUUCCCCUUUUCUGUUUACAAAAUUACAAAAGUUUGAAAUAGAGGAACAAUUCCAAACACAAUACAGUCUUCUAAGUUGUAGUAAAAUUUCAGUUCGACCCUGGGCCCAGAGCAGUGCUUGUAGUAAAGCGUUCAAUUGUCCUGUACUGUCCAAGGGUGAUGAGAGUCAUUUAGUCCCAUUCUGAAGAAAUGAAGUGUCUGGAUCAAAAUUGAAGAGUUGUUUCUGCAACAGCUCAGCAGUGGUUGCAGCAAUGAGUCCCAGGGGAGCAGCUAUUAGGAGUCAAAUUUCAGGAAGCACUGGAAUAGGAGCACCACAACUUCUGGCAGAACUUCAGCAGGGGAAUGCAGCCAUUCUCUAGUCAGGUUCACUGGCAGUCAUAGAUGUGCAGCCUAACUUAUGUUUGAGAAAAAACACUUUUUUAAAGUUAUCAGGGGCUUUGACGAUGGGGUUUGGUCUCCAUGCGUGUGAGUAGAAAGAGACAGAGGGAAGCUCCAAUACAAAUGGAUAUCCUAGAGAUAAAUGAGGUGUUCCUGUCAAAAGUCAUUCCUUUCUCCUUUAGGAACCUGUGAAUUCCAAGGGAAGUGUAAAAGUAAAAUAAUGUUAAUUCAAAAUACGGAGGCCUGGUCUUGUCCAAUCCACAACCUGUAAAAGAGGGGUAUAAGGAAUGCUCUUAGUGUGACCUCAUGAGAUGUUAAAAGGAGCAAGAGGCCUUUGCUGUUGGUCCUCUGACACUGGCUCCUCUUCUUUCCUUGUGACUUCCAGCUGAAAUCAGUUUGGCGGUGGCUCAGAGCUGGAAUUUGAAGGGUUGUGAGUCUCUGGCAGUCUGAGAUCCAAGUCAGGUGGUUGAAUUCUACUAUUUUUGUAAUUUUGUAAACAAAAGGGGGAGAUGUAAAAUGACAUUGCUGUGUCCUUUCCCCCUUGCCACAAGGAGCUUAGGUUUAUCCCGGUCACACCCAUCAAGGUGCUCCUGAGUCACCCAUUCCUUUGUUUAGCUGUAACCAGUUAAUCAGCUUUUCCCCCUAAUCAGGCUGUUAAUUUGUAAGGUCACAUCUUUCUAAGACACUGAACUUAUAUUGUAAGUUAAUACUGCCUCUCUCCUCUCCUUGUGUCUUUUGAAUAGUUUACUUUAGAUCAAUGUCCCUCUUGUAUAGACACAAGAAGACAAUAUUAUGCUUUUGUAACUUGGGAUUUAAUUGGCUUUGAAUAUUAUUCAUUCCUGGGCAUCUGCUUUCUUGACUUAAGCCUCAGUUGCCCUCAGUUCAUAGCACCCCAAAAGCAGGGUCCCGACAAGGGACGGGACAGACCCAGGGCAAAUGGUGAGUUAUGUGCUACCCUGGCAUCGAGAUGGGCCUGGCCAAAGUGCCUAAUGCUUAGCUAUAAGAGCUUGAUCAUGGAUAAAUGCUGUCAUGAUCCAAACAGUGAUACUAGAUUUGGACCCUGCUAGGGUUAGGAAUGAUUAAUCUGGCCUGAGCACUGUAGUCUGAGAAUGAGAUGGCCCCAGGAGAGCAAUUCUAUAAGCUUAAUGCAUCUCAUUGUGUCCAUACAAAAUGAUGAAUAUUCUUCACUUAUAUCACUUAUAGUCCCGUUGAUCUUCGAUUUGCUCGAGCGGGCGCCAGUAACAUCUCCAUUUGUCCCUGUCACGAACUACUGUAGCCCAAUGAUACCUGCUCGCUCCAGGAACAGAAAGAGCCUCAAAUCGUUCACUCAGAGAUUUGACGAAGAAAUCUGACCAUCUAGUUGGUGGGCAGCCACGAGGUCUUCUGACGUCCCGUGGAAUCCAGCCUGUAACAGCUCUAGUCCAAUGGUCGUCUCUGAAUCGCAUUAAAUGACCGGCCCACCUGAUUUUUGACGCCUUGGCAAACAAGACAGCAUCCCUGAUUUUUGACCGUCGACGGAGGUCAGAACUCCAGAUUCCUUCUCUCACUUGAGUGAGACAUGAUAUUCCCAGCAUAGCUCUUUCGAUUCCCCUUUGGGAUACCCUAAAAGUAUUCUCAUCCUGCUUGCGUAGGGCCCAGGUCUCUAAGGUAUAUAUUAGUGCAGGAAGAACGGUGGAAUCGAAAAGAUGUGCCCGGAGUCGGAGGUUCUUCGUUCUCUUAACCACCUCUCCGACGCUCUUGAAGGCAUUCCACGCUGCUCUCUUCCUCCUGCGCAGUUCUGGCACCAAGUCGUUCCUCAUGUUGAUUUCUCGACCCAGGUACACAUAGCUGCUACAUUCAGAGAUGUUCAUUCCAUUGACAGCAAAUGGACCUUCAGGGACCAGGGAUGAAUAUUAUGAAUGCUUAUAUGUUUGCUGGACAUAUAAUGCUUGUAUGUUUGCUGCAGAGGAUAAACACACUCAUGGGAUUUGCUCUUGGAUGGGUCAUCCUGGUGAAAGAGAAUCUGUCCUAGAAGCAGCAUCCCCUGAGGGAAAGAACUUUAACCCUAUUGAUUGUGACCACACCUAUGUGUAAACCCCAACCCCCUCAUGCUGGGGGUAUUUAACUAGGCUGUAAGAGUGGAUGGGGAGAGAGAUCAAGAGCCGGGACAGAAGCAGAGAGAGAGACAGGAGAGAAUGGAAUAAACGGCAACUUAUCAAUCAAUCAAUCAGCUUGGUCCUCGUUUCCUCCUCCGUUUGCCCCAUGGCCUGGGCCGCUUCGACUGGGCAAAUGGCCCGGAACCGACCCCCUUGAACCCAGGGGCGGCCAACAGGGAGAGCCGCCGGGGCUCUCUCCUGGUCGCCCCCUGGCAGAUGUUUUUUACAGGUUUCUGUACAUUGGUUUUGUAGCCUUGACACUUUACCGUGCAAGUCUAUUUCUAGAAGCUAUUUUGUAGUGUCUUCAGGGCUUCCACGUGUAAUAUAUCAUCUGCAAAUAUUGAGAAUUCAACUUUUCCAAUCUGGAUGCCUUUAAUAUCUCUUAUGUAAUUGCUAUGGCAAUGACUUCCAGUACUAUAUUAAGGAGUGGUGAGAGUAGGCAACCUUUUAUUGUGACAUUUUUCACAGCACAAAUAUGUUUGCUCUGGGCUUUGGGUAAAUGUGUAUGAGGAGUAUGGCGUUCACUCUGGGCUUGUAAAUGAUUUUAACUAUGUUGAUAAAAGUUCUUUCAACUCCCAUUCUAUUGAGAUAUUUGGAUAUUGGAUAUUGUCAAAUGUGGCCUUUGCAUCUAUUGGUAUAAUCAUAUGUUUUUCAUAUUUCCUUGUGUUGAUAUGGUAUAUUGACAUACAUAAAUUUUAACCAUCUUUGCAACUCCAGAAUGAAUCUUAUUUGGUAUGAUCUUUUUCAUGUAUUGUUGAAAUCAGCUUGCUGGUAUUUUGCUGAGAAUCUUUGCAUCUAUGUUUAUCAGAGAUAUAAAUCUAUAGUUUUCUUUC